UCGACUCGCGUUCCCCCGCUCACGUGACCAGCCCGGCAAGUUGGGCGCUGGGAGGGAGUGAGCCAGCGCGGCCGACGCCGCAGCAACAAUAAGAGUGAGUGGCACAUAGUGUACUCGGGCCAGGAGGAGGGAGGGCAUUUCUGUGCCGCUCAGUGCUCCGGCCGAAGGUCUGGGGGGACGAGGAGGAGCUGCCGCCACUGCAGACAGCAGCUCGCCCGCCGGAGCAAGCUGCUGCCGAGGAAAGCUUUCGAGUCUUCCUUCCUUUGGUCCUCUCGCUCGCUGUUUGUUUGUGGGUGGGUGGACCGCCCCCUUGUGGGGCUCAACGGCUCCUAUACGCCCCGCCAACCAGCGGUGGAAGAGAGGAUGGCGGAUCGGCUGUGGCUGUAAGGGCACCCCAGGGAGCAGCCGCUUCCCCCGGAGCAGCGCGAAGAGGAGGCAGCUAGCUGAGACUUGGCGGGAAACGCGGGGUGGAGAUGGCUAACGAUUCGCUUCAGAGUGACCCAGGCAACUGGUCAGUACUGGAGCAUCUGGGUCUGGACCAGAGCUCAGAUUUUUCAGACACAAGUGUGCAGCAGAAACUGGAUGAAGAGAAAGAGAAAAUUAAACGUGAGAUCCGCAAAGAACUGAAAAUAAAGGAGGGAGCAGAAAAUUUGCGCAAGGCUACCACAGACCGUAAGAAUCUCUCCAAUGUGGAAAACUUGCUCAAGAAUUCCAACCGCAAACUGGAGACAUUGCAUCACCAGCUUCAGGAUCUCAAUGCACAUAUUGUCGUCAAGGACCCUGAAGAGCUGGGGGAUGCCCCACAAUCACCAGGCAGCCUGAGCCGAUCAACAGCUACCCAAAAUCGUAUUGCUGGUCUGGAAAAGCAACUCAAUAUUGAGUUGAAGGUGAAGCAGGGAGCAGAGAACAUGAUCCAGAUGUAUGCCAACAGUACUGCCAAGGAUCGGAAGUUGCUGCAGACAGCCCAGCAAAUGCUACAAGAUAGCAAGACCAAGAUAAAUAUUAUCCGCAUGCAGAUUCGCAAGGCUGUGCAGGCUGAUGAGGUGCAGCUGACUAUGGAGGAUGGGCAAGGGAACACAGAUCUAAGUGCCAUAGAGUUGAGAAUUGAGGAGCUUCGCCAUCACUUCCAAGUAGAACACGCUGUAUCUGAGGGUGCCAAAAAUGUACUGCGCCUUCUGAGCUCCAGCAAAGUUCAGGAUCGCCAUGCUAUCUCUGAGGCACAGACCAAGCUGAAUGAAUCAAGCCAGAAGUUGGAUCUUUUGCGAUAUUCUCUGGAGCAACGUCUGGCUGAACUGCCUGAAGAUCAUCCAAAGGCCUGCAUCAUCAAGGAGGAACUCAUCUUGGCCUCCUCUCCUGCCUUCAGUGCCCGCAAUACCAGUUCCUACCAGCAUAACCAGUAUAAUACCCUAUCAAAGCCAUCUCCACUCACAGGGACACUGGAAGUGCAGUUGUUGGGCUGCAGUGGGUUGUUGGAGGUUGUCCCAGGACGUACCCGUGGCUCCACUGUCUGCCUGCCUUGCAACAGUCCUGGUGAAGCACGGCCUUCUUUCAUGAGCCGCAGUGGGCGAGGGCUGUAUAAUCGCAGUGGCAGUGUAAGCGGCAGGACCACCAUCAAAUCAGAAGAUUCCAGCAAUGAAGUAAGUGCUGUACUGAAGCUGGACAAUGGAGUCGUAGGCCAGACUGCUUGGAAGCCCAUUGGCCUACAAGCAUGGAACCAGGCUUUCACAGUGGAAUUAGAAAGGUCAAGAGAGCUGGAGAUUGGUGUAUAUUGGCGUGAUUAUCGCAGUCUCUGUGCCCUGAAAUACCUCAAGCUGGAAGAUUUUCUUGAUAAUGAACGCCAUGAAAUUCACCUGGAAUUGGAGCCACAGGGUACUCUGUUAGCAGAGGUUAUCUUUUUUAACCCUGUCAUUGAGCGCAUACCCAAGCUCCAGCGACAGAAGAAGAUCUUUUCCAAGCAGCAAGGGAAAGCUUUCUUGCGUGCUCGUCAGAUGAACAUUGAUAUUGCCACAUGGGUGCGUCUCCUGCGACGCAUCAUUCCCACUGCCAGUACGACAGGCACUUACAGCCCCUCAACACAGAUGACUCCAACAUCUGGCUCAGAAAGUAGGCAGAACUCUGGGGACAUUGCUAUUGAGAAGCUGAACUUGGAAGGGGAUAGAGUUCAAAUUGAGCGCUUGGGCCAGGAUGAUACUGAGCUUCCUGGGAAGGUCUUAUUGACUUCACGAGCUGGGGAGGAGAUCUUUCAGAUGGAGCUAGGUUCAGGAAGUGAGACCAGAGGAUCUGAAAGUACUUUUCACAGCAGUCACCUGAGAAAAAUACCUCUCACUAUGGAUGAUUUUCGUUUUGUAGCUGUGCUAGGUCGUGGACACUUCGGCAAAGUGUUGUUAUCUGAGUUACACCAAACAAAAGAACUGUUUGCUAUUAAGGCCUUAAAGAAAGGAGAUAUUGUUGCAAGAGAUGAAGUAGAGAGCCUGAUGUGUGAGAAGCGGAUUUUUGAGAUUGUGACCCAAGCGCGGCAUCCUUUCCUAGUGAACCUUUUCGCCUGUUUUCAGACACCCCAGCAUGUCUGUUUUGUCAUGGAGUACACAGCAGGUGGAGACCUCAUGAUGCACAUACACACCGAUGUAUUCUCAGAGCCACGUGCAACGUUUUAUGCUGCUUGUGUUGUCCUGGGGCUGCAGUUUCUUCAUGACCACAAGAUAGUAUAUAGGGAUCUGAAGCUGGAUAACUUACUGUUGGACACAGAAGGCUUUGUGAAGAUUGCAGAUUUUGGCCUCUGCAAGGAAGGAAUGGGCUAUGCUGACCGUACCAGUACAUUCUGUGGGACACCAGAGUUUCUGGCUCCUGAGGUGCUCACAGACACCUCCUACACAAGAGCAGUUGAUUGGUGGGGCUUGGGUGUCCUUAUCUAUGAGAUGCUUGUAGGGGAGUCCCCGUUCCCAGGAGAUGACGAAGAAGAAGUAUUUGACAGCAUUGUCAAUGAUGAGGUGCGCUACCCCCGUUUCCUUUCUACAGAGGCAAUUGGCAUCAUGCGCCGGCUGCUGCGUCGGAACCCAGAACGGCGCUUGGGUUCUAGUGAGCGUGAUGCAGAAGAUGUGAAGAAGCACCCGUUUUUCAGAAGCAUUGAGUGGGAAGCUCUGCUGGCUCGUAAGAUCAAGCCACCCUUUGUGCCAGUAAUUAAGGGUCGUGAAGACAUCAGCAACUUUGAUGAGGAGUUUACCACUGAAGCAGCUGUGCUGACGCCACCCCGUGAAUCACGGCCCCUCACCCAAAAGGAACAGGAUGCCUUCAAAGAUUUUGACUAUGUCUCCAGUGUCUGCUAGCUCUGGAAGUGGGGGCAAGGAGAUUUCCUCAACACUGCCAGCUCGAUCAGGCAGAAUCCUGUUCCUCCAUUGACUCAGACAAUUCCUAGCACUGCCUGCUAGCCCAGAAGCAAAACUGGGAAAAACCCAAUCACAUUGCUAGCAUAAUGGGGAAAGAGUAGUGUUCACCAACAUAUACCAGCUCUGGGAUCAGACGGGAAAUUCCAGUAACAUUUCUGCCUUGUCCAGAACACAGUAUAAUUCAUGCAGAAAGUUGGGCAUUUGCUGGCUCAGAGGGAGGGGAGGAAAGGGAAAAAGAGAGAGAAAGACUGCCAGCCAAACAUAACUGGCAUUGUCAACCCUGAGGUUUCAUGAAACCAUAUUUGUCUACAGUGAUUCCCAAACUUUCUGCUGGAACAAGCAAAACUAUUAUUAGGAAUCCACCAGUACUGGAGAUGCUGAAGUCGAAGGGCCAAUCUCUGCCCUAACAUACUCUUGUGAAGGAUUUUUUUAAAUCAUAUUGUAAAAAAAAGGGGGGGGUGCCUUUCUGAUAUUAUUGCUGAAAUCCACUGCUUCAAAUUCUAACCUGAAAGGGAAAACAGAAUCCCUUUCUGCAUCACAGCUUUCUGUCAGUAUUCAGUUAGUGAUGGACAAACUCCUCGGGUCGAUUUUGAAUCAGCUCUGUAUUUCUGGGCUUUCUUAACAACCAUUUGCAAAAAGCUCUUGUUUUUUUCCUCAAGAAUUCUCUCCAGGUUCAUAAGGCUGGCAUAUGUACUGCUAGUGUAUGCAUGUAAGUUAUUACUUUACCCUCCCUGGGAAUUCACCCGCCUUGUACCCAUCCCAUAGCGCUAACUGGGGCAGAAAGUUUGUUAAAAUCCAACUCCCAUACUCUGAACAAAUUCGUUUGGGAAUUGGUGAGCACCUAGGUCUGGAUGGUAAAUAAUUGCAUUAAAAUAAUUGCAAGGAACAACCAAGAAAAUAGUGGCACCAAAUGAAAUGAUUCUUGGUUGUGUGAUUCUGGUCACCAAAUUAUAGUAAUUUAAUGAGAGUUACACUUGAGCAGUGUAAGAACCUAUGUACUUGUACCUUCAGCUAACGUUCAGUUUAAUGGCCUACAAACCAUACAUGCACAGAGGCUCAUUUAAUACUACAAACUGGAGAAGAAUUUCUCAGGACAAAAUACUUGAUUCAGUGAGAGAACAUACUUGAUUACAGAGCAAAAUUACUGUGGAUUUCAGCAGCAACAUGAACUCAAAUCCAUCAUUUGGAAAUAAUGAUCAAAUUGUUUUGUUUCCAUCCUAUAUCCCAGUUUUCUCUUGGAGAUCGGUAUACUAUUAUGCCAAGAGAGUAUAUCAAAUCUCAGGAGAAAAAAAGUGGUUGAGACUCUGGAUGCUUUCAGACAGAUAACAGUAAAAAUGUCUAGCUAUGUUAGUUUUUUUUUCUGUAAUAGAUCUUCUGUAAUUAGAAGAAAACAGAGAAAAAACAAAGUUGUAAAUGAAGAACAAGGACAUCAAACCUAUAAAAUACACAAAUAAGACAGAAUGGGUUUGUACAGCACUAUAGACUAAAAUGUGGUUAGCUAGCUUAUGGUACAGUGUGUUGUGCAAACUCAGUGGGGUUAGCUUAUGAUUUAAUAGAACUCAGACAUUUCUCCUUGCUGAUUUUGAUGACUUUUCCAACAACUCUGCCUCUACUCCUAAUUUUCACUAGUGACAACAUCCUUGCACUUGCCCUGCUCUACCAGCAAGAAGGUAUAUUGUACAGGCUUUUGAGUUGUUUGAGUUUUGCUCUGGCAAUCCAAAAAUUCAUGAUGAAAGUGGCAAUGAAAAAGGAAAAGGUCUUUUAAACAGUCCUUGUAGAGUGUCUAAUGAAAGCACAAUUCUCUUCAAAAUGCAACAUCUACCGUUAUAGUUCGUCCACACUGAAAUACCUUCAUUAGGUUCAUUCUGCAUCAGGAGCACUUGUCCUACAGAAUGAUUGAUUGCCUUUCUUCAGCACUCAUUGGGGGGGGGAAUCUACUUUUUAUUAAUCUGACUUCCUACAAAUGUCUGAAAUUCUUGAACGCGGAUAUAUAGAGGAGUAUAAACAAAACUGGCAAUAUCUCAAGUACAGUAUGUUAUCUUUUUUAUAAAAAAAAGUAAAUUGCCUAGUAUCGUGAGGUAUGCCUGAGAUAAGGUCUAAUCAACAUUUUUAGAGGUUGCUGCUAUCACUUUGUGUGGAAGGUUUGCCAAAGUAUACCCCUUUAAAAUACAUUUUGGCCAAGAGAUUAGAACAGACCUGCCAUUUUUAAGAAAGGAAGUCUAAUUCGUUACAUAAAACAGGACAGAAAUUUUAUAUCUUUCAGUUUUCUCCCAAAGAAGCCUUUUCAAGUCUCACGGAGUCCUGUAUCAGGACUGAAAGACUGGACCAGGCAAUAAUUUUCAUUUAAAGAAAGCAGCAAAGAUUCCUUCUAGGUAUAAACUGCUGCUUCACAGAAGAGUAGAAGCAUGGAUUUGUUACUGUUUUGCAUGGUAAGGAAAAGGCAGUCACUCUACUGGGAAGGAGUAAGAGGCUUGGAGAGGAACUGAAGCAUAUAUGUGAUUUAUUUAAGUAGCUUGAGGUUUUAAUUUUCAUUUGGUCCUUCCAUACCUCUGUGUUAUAUUAACAACUGGACUGCACACAUCUGGACAACCACUAGAUGGCAGCAAAGAGAUGCAGAAAACUUAACUCUGGCAGUCAUACGGUUUUUUUGCAGCCCAGAUAAGGCAGAUCACUGGUGGCUUGCCAUUUCUUUUUACCUCACCUGAAAAGAUGAAUGCGUUCAUUGUUGUUAAUCGUAGCACAGCCUGCUUCAGAAUCAGAACUUCGGGUUUCAGUCCUCAAUUAUGGAGGCAGUCCUGGUGCAAUCUAGAUCACAGAAAAUUUCAGCAUUUCAACAUGAAUUCUGAAGAACAGCUUGUAUUACCAGAUAGGGUUUUAACUUCCUGUCCCGCCUCUUCUGUUCUGUAUUGCCUUUUAGAUCUUUUUCAGGGCAUGUCCAAGCUUAGUACCUACGUGGACUUGUGCUAAGAGGCACUAUCAUGCUAAGACCGUGUCUGGUUUACUAGGUUUCCUUUAUUAAUGUUACUACCUCUGUUGCCUGACCAGAACCACACUGUGUUGUAAAGCCUGAGUUUUAGACUGUAGACAUCUCAGUACAAAUUUAUUGAGCUUAGCAAAAUAUUGGAGGAUAUGUGGCAAAAAAAAUCCUUUAACUGAGUGGUGUCAUUCUUCAUUCAAGAGGUAGGGCAUGUGAAAGGUAUUCCUAGCCUUUCCUCAGAUUAGAUUCAUAGACCCCAGCCCUACAUUCUUAGUUCUACAGUGGCAUUUUGAGUAAAGUUUGGCAGCAGAGGGGGAAUUAACAUUUUCCAUAAGAAAGAAUGUUAUCUGCUUGGAUGCAGAGUACUAAGACCAAAUUCCUGAGUCUUCAGACUAGAGAGAAAAUGUGUGUAUUACAAUAAAGUACAAAUAGUUUUCCAGGAAAGUUGUGGAAUUAGGUGCUUGUUCUCCUUUAUUGCCUUGUUACAAAAUAAAUACCUUGUUUAUAAUGCA